CCCCCCACCCCUCCCAGCUCUGUUGAUGUGAUCCUUCUGUGUCGUCUGGACAUUGGACUGAGCGCCAACCCGCUCAUUGCACUUGGGCUACUGACUGCCAAAUGGUAACUACUGUCACUGGUGGCCUGGGCUGCACUAUGACUUCAUGAUGGGAAGCUCUGGAGUCAGACAGCCCUAGUGGUAUCUGUGACACCCCAGAACCAGGGAACUGGGUGGCAACUACAGAGAUCCUGCUUUUAUUUUUUAGAGGUUAGGUUAAACCUGUACUGGUGUGGAAUGCCCCAUUUUCUCCUCCCAGUGUAGCCAGCCUGGAGGGAUUCAGCACAGAGGAUCAUGGAACUUCUGCCUCCAUUUCAACGUGUCAUACAGCCUGAAGAGAUGUGGCUUUAUAAAAACCCAUACAUAGAAGCAGACCAUGUACCCACCAAGCUCAUGUUUUUAAUUUCGUUUUUGUGUCCCCUGAUGUUCAUCCUUCUGGCAAAAUUCCUCAUGAAAGUUGACCGCAGAGACACUCAGGAGGCCUUUUUGGCUGCCAGCCUUGCUCUUGCCCUGAAUGGAGUCUUCACCAAUGCUGUGAAGCUAGUCGUGGGAAGGCCACGGCCAGAUUUCUUCUACCGCUGCUUUCCGGAUGGACAAGCAAACGCCAAGCUGGUAUGCACCGGUGACCUGGACGUGGUGACUGAGGGACGCAAGAGCUUCCCGAGUGGGCAUUCCUCUUUCGCCUUUGCUGGUCUUGCCUUCUCUGCCUUCUACCUGGCAGGAAAGCUGCACUGCUUCGCCCCUGGCGGGCGUGGAAAAUCCUGGCGGCUCUGUGCCUUCUUAUCACCACUGCUCUGCGCUCUCCUCAUCGCUCUGUCCCGCACCUGCGAUUACAAGCACCACUGGCAAGAUGUGCUGGUUGGCUCAGUGAUUGGCUUCACAUUUGCAUACCUAUGCUACAGGCAGCAUUACCCUUCCCUGACUGACUCAGAGUGCCAUAAACCAUUGCAGUGUAAAUCCAAACUACCACCAGCACAGGAGCACAAGCUGGCCAGCUCCAGCUUCCACCUGGAAAUAUAAUGAUGGGAUCCACUUUGCUGAGACCGGCCCUUGAGUAAUCAUUCCUUCCACUCUUCAGCCCGCAUCGUGGGGAAGGGUACAGGCUUUGGGGCCAUCGCUCACUGCCUACUUGGUGAAGUAGCCCAGUAACCCAAAUGCGGAUGCGGCUGAUAGAUGUAUAGGAAUUGCUCCCCUGAACAUGGGGUAAGUGGUCCUGCUCAGCAGGCCUUGGCUCGUACUGUUCUUGUUUGAGAGAUGCUCCCCUCUUUCAGGCCAGCCCUGGAGGAAGCGAAGCAGGCUGGCUACGACACCAUCUAAAGUAAGAACUGGCUCUCUGUGAAGGGAGGCUUGGUGGAAAUCCUGUAGGUGUAUGGGGCCAUGUAGUAAUGUGCAGGGAAGUCAGCCCUCUCCAAUGGAAAAUGUCAUUUUAUGAAAGGACAGCAUGCACAUAGGAAGAGCUGGUCAGUGUUGU